AUGUCCAACGAUUACCUUCAGUGGUCCACGCGUUGCGUGCCUGCGUUCAGCAUCGGCCUGGUAUUCGUCCUGCUGGCCUACGCUUUUGUCGUUGCACCCUACGGCAAAGCUUACAAUGGCGACUACACUGGAGAAGCGACCAGCUCACAACUCAUCCUCAGCAUCUACACGGUUUUACUCCACAUCUUGUCAAUCGUCUUUCCGAUUCGCGUCUGCUGGUCUCUACGCGAUGUCGUCAAGAGGAUCAGGGAUUCGGCUGCCAUUGAAAAUCCCUCAACUCCGCGGCUCGAGAAGCAAGAAUUCACGAUGAAAGGAAACGAGACGCAGCUGACGUUUCCGUCAUUUCCCAUCAUUCUUCCAGCUUACAAGGAGGAGGUCUCUACUCUGGAGGAGACUUUGCGAGUGCUUGCGUCGCAUCCGCAGGCUCGUCAAAGCUACCACGUCUACUUGGCGAUGGAGGAGAAGGAGGAGAAUUCCGCCGUGAAAGCUGCCAGCCUUUGUCGAACGUUUGAAGCUUCAUUCUUACGGAUCAGCUAUACCGUCCACCCAGCGAAUCUUCCUGGCGAAGCUCAAGGCAAAAGUAGUAAUGAAGCUUGGGCUGCUCAGCAGAUUGUCAAAGACUAUGGCAAUGAUCCUACGAAGAAGGACGUAAUUGUCACGACCAUGGAUGCUGAUACGCAUCUUUCCGCACGCUACUUCUCUCAAAUUGCUCGCAUGCACAAUGACUGCGUCGAGACUAAGGGAAGCACAAUCUAUGUGCCGCCACUCGUCUUCGACCGCAACUUACACCGAGUUCCGCUCCCGGUCCGGACCGCAGACUUGAUGUGGGCAGGUGCUGGCCUCUCCAGUCUGUACACAGGAUCCCGUGUCUGCAUUCCCACGUCAGUCUAUUCACUCCCUCUGACAUUAAUUGAGCAUGUCGGAGGAUGGGACACGGGUCCUGGUGCCAUUGGUGAGGACAUGCACAUGUAUCUCAAGUGCUUCUUUGCGUUGUCCGGGAAUUUGGAUGUCAAGGUCGUGUACGCUGCCGCGAGUCAAUGUAACGUCAGCUCCGAUGAGGCUGGUCUCAAGGGCUACUACGCCGGACUGGAGGCGCGAUACAAGCAGGCUCUCCGUCACAUGUGGGGAUCGCUCGAUUCAGGCUAUGCCAUUCGGGAGAGUGUCAAGAUGUUUCAGCGCCAGCGAGACAUUUCCCGCAAGCAGAUCGUUGCAGCGGCAACAGGUGUCGACCCCAGACUGGCCGAAUUUGCCAAUACUGCCGCGAAACGACAAACAUCCCUCCUCCCUCCCUCCACAUCAGCCUCACCACACCCUUACUCCAAACCCAUUGAUACCUCAAACCUCCUCACCCUCUACCACCGCCUCUUCGAAGCCCACUUCCUCCCCACCCACCUCUGCGUAAUCCUCACCACCUCCGCCCUCUACAGCUUCAUCCACCCCUCCGUUCUCGUCCCCCGAGCCCUCAACAUCGCCCUCAACAUCUCCUCCUACCUACGCUUCGUCGGCUACUGCACGAUGCUGCUCUACUUCCACCUCUACGCCCAGUACCACACACUAUGCGUCGAGCUCCGCACCGAAGAACUCCGCCGGACGGGGUUGUUGGAAGCGAUGCAGGCCAGCGAUGGCGUGACGAAGGGGGUGUAUCAGAUUGCGGGACUGGUGGAGUGCAUGUUGUUCCCGCUGGGCGGGUUCGUGUUUGGUGCGAUCCCGGCGUUGCAGGCGGUCGUGAGCCAUUUGUUUACGGAGCGGCUGGUUUAUGUGGUUAGUUUGAAGCCGAGGCUGCCGGCUGCGUUGUGUGGUGGGGGGAGUGCAGAGGUGAAGGAGGUGGUGACGGACGCCAAGGUGACGGAGGAGAAGAAGAGGGAUUCUGUGGUGGAGACAUGA